AUGAGGUUUUUCGUGAUUUUUGAAAGAUCGUGUGAUUUCUAUGUUCAAUUUCAGCUCCAAAAUGUCACAUCAUCACCAUAAAGCUCCGUUUGUCACCGCUGGUCUUCUGCUUAUUGUGACUAUCCUCACAGGUGUCGGAACUUUCACAGAUUGUAAGUUUUGAUGCUCCAUCAUUCAAAAAGUUAGACGAUAUUCAGAUUGGUUCAAAUCAAACGACUUUCACAGUGGAAUCUAUCAUUGGGGCAAGUCAGAUGCUGGCACUCUUUUCAAAGUAAUUCAAUCAGAUUCGGUUUUGUUUUCCCAAUUGAUAGUUUCAGAAAGAUCCGGGAUGGCUCAAGUGUGUGGUUGUCUGCCAACUUAUGGCAUUCUCCUUCGAACUUCUGUUCUGUCUUCUGGUUAUUCCCGCAAUGUAAGCAUAACAGAAAUGAUCACUCAAACUUAUUUUUUAUCCAGUCUGUUUCGUAAGAUGAUGCCCGUUCAUGCAGCCUGUACCAUCCUUUCUCUCGUCAUUUUCAUUCUUCUUGUCAUCUCCUCAAUUGUUUUUGCCGCCAACGUCGGCAGCUACAACAACGUGCUCUUCAAAUUCAAAGUUGGCUGGUCAUGGGGAAUCUCACUCGCUGCCACCAUUCUCUCUUUCUUCCUGUUGCUUGUGUCGGGAAGUGCAACCGGAUAUGGGACUUAUUCGGAAUACCGAUAA